CGUGGCUGCUGGUGUCUUCUGCCAUCAUUGCGAACAACUUAACCAGCAUUUUUAUUUUAUUUACGCACAACUUGCAACGGCGACUGAUGCUUCGGCGUGAAGUCGCAUUGGUGUCCGUGUGAUCCACGCUUUUUCGUGUGUCCACGAGACCGUCAAUCGGGUGUCUCGUGACAAUUGGGACCACGGUACGAGACGGUGAUUUCAUCACGCGUCUAUUUCUUCUGAAUCGGAAUGGAAAAAAUAAAGAGAAAUUUCACCUCUCGGCUGAGUCGCAUCAAUUUGAAGAGAGAACCCCGGGCAUGUGAAGAGACGUGGGAGUCGAAGACGCUGCCGCGGAGGGGGCCCUCCCACGGGGGCCCGCAGGAGGGAGACCCCGCGGCCGUGCGCCACCACUCGGUGGCGGCACCGCGGGCCUCGGGGGGGCCCUCCUCCUGGCGAGAGCCCCUCCUGCUGCUGCCCGAUUGUGAAUCCAGCACCUCCAAGGCCCUUGAGCAUGAUGGAGUCAAUACGUCAAGCAACGCGCAGCAUCCCCACGUUGGCCUGCUGGCACCUCGCAAGUUUGGUGGCGAGGCGCUCUACGUGAGGCUGCAGACCAUUGGGCAGGGCUCGUAUGCCACCGUGUUCAAGGGCAUCAGCCGUGUCACGUGGCAGUUCGUGGCCCUCAAGGUGGUGUACAUACACGAGGAGGAAGGGGCCCCCUUCAACACCAUCCGUGAGGUGUCCCUGCUGAAGACUCUGAAGCACGCCAACAUCGUGCUGCUCCACGACAUCGUCUACACCCAGCACGCGCUCACACUCGUCUUCGAGUACCUGGAGACCGACUUGCACCAGUACAUGGAUAGGCACCCAGGGGGCCUCAACGCGCACAACGUGAAGCUGUUCCUGCUGCAGCUGCUGCGCGGGCUGGCGUACACGCAUUCGCGGGGCAUCCUGCAUCGCGACGUGAAGCCACACAACCUGCUGCUCGGCGCGUCCGGGGAGCUCAAACUUGCCGACUUUGGAAUGGCCAGGGCGCAGUCGGUGCCCAGCCGCUCCUACUCGAGCGAGGUGGCGACGCUGUGGUACCGCCCGCCCGACGCGCUGCUCGGCUCCACGCGAUACUCCUCCGGCCUCGACAUGUGGGCUGUCGGCUGUAUCUUUGUGGAGAUGCUGCAGGGCAUGGUGAUCUUCCCCGGGGUGCCGGGCGUCUGGGAUCAGCUGGAGCGCGUGUGGCAGGUGCUUGGGACACCAAACGAGGAAGAAUGGCCAGAAGUGACAUCUCUGCCGCUCUACAAGCCAGAAGACAUUGUGCCUCAAAAGCCGCGGCAGCUGGGCAGAGUAUGGAGAAUGCUGGGCUGUGUCCCGCACGCAGAGGACCUGGCACGGAGCUUGCUGCAGUGCUGCCCUGGCAGGAGGCUGUCUGCCCACGCGGCGCUGAGGCACUGCUUCUUCAGCGACCUCCCUGCCCGCGUGCGCGCUCUGCCUGACGCGCUGUCGGUGUUCAGCGUGGAGUCUGUGGAGCUGCUGCCAGAGGCGACGGCGCACGGCAACCCCAACAGCAGCACCUGGAAGCCCAGCAAAUGGCGGCGGCGGCGGCCGCAGCAGCAGCAGCCAUGCUGAGAAGCGCGUCGUUGCCACGGCACUCGUGGUGGGCACCGCGGUGGCUCGGAGAUAUUAACUACCUCGCCCGGUGUACAGGAGGCCUACGGGUUCGACCCCGGCCCUGACGAUGCCUGUUGUAUAUUUGUAGUUUGCACGAUCUCCCUGUGGUCGCGUGGAUUUUUCUCCGGGUCCUCCGGUUUUUCUCUCCACAUUAAGAAACAUGCUUUUAGACUAUUUGGCUGCUAUACAUGACCACGCGAUAAGCCACUUCGUUGAGCUAUCAUUUGUGGCCAUGUCGCUUCUGAAAAAGUGCUAUACAGCUCAGUGGGCCUUACCUGGUAAAACAAAUGAAGUGUGUGAGAGCAUGAGUUUCCAUGCAUUGCCUUAUUGAUGCACCUUAGGGUGAGUUCAGAUUGGAUGACAUCAGUGUAGUAAUUUCAACAUUAACUCUGUUAUAUUCUGUUAUGCGGCAAUAUGUUCAAGAGAUUAAUGCCAAUGCCGAGGUCUGUUAGCUACGAGAGGGCUUCAGGACAGCAUUGCAUGGCAGGUCACUUAUAUAUAUAAGUGUUAAAUAGUGACGGUACUAGCAUCGACGAGCCUUGAGUUGAGGCCACUGUUCGUAAUUCUCUUGCGACUGUGUUCACCAGCGAGGCGUUCACCCUGAAAGUUCGGUUGUUGAGCAUUGCGUCGAUUAGGUGAAGAGUACAAUGGCGUCUGAUGAUAUUGACCGUCCACCAGCAGCAGCAGGUCAUGAUGCCAAACGGUGUCAUAGGCAGCACAGAGGUCAACCAUUUGCUGUGCCGUUUUCCUGCUGACGCUGGAAACUGGCUUCUAUGAUGGUGGUGACGGCAACCAUCUGCCCGCAGCAGCUACAGACAGUUUGAAAUCCGGCUCAUUCAGAAGGCAGUGUAUGAUCGAUAAUGGGGGGUAAGUCUGACAAGCAUGGAGCAUGUUCCAUCAGCGUAGAGGUGUAGGAACAAGUAGGUUAUUGGCCUGUAGCUGGAUGGAGUCUUGUGACUUUUUAUGGCUUUCAGAAUGACUUUGGCUUGCUUCCAUGCUUUCAGGAUUUUGCCCGUCCUGUGUGUGACCAGGAAGAUUGUUUGCAAGCCAUCGUUGUCCAUCUCGUCCCAGGUUAUUUAGCGACUCGGGACGUAGGGCAUCGUAUCCCGGUGCUUUGCUGGACUCUGUGGCCCUGAGGGCGGCUUCCACUUCAGCGGUCGUGAAUUUGGCCUCGUUAGAUCUGUCGCUUGCGGUAGUUGACUCAAGGUGAUGAUGGUGGCGGAGAGUUGGUGAGCUGUUUGCGGACAGCUCGUCAGCUGCGCUUGUCCAUCGGUGCCUUUGAGCAGGGACAGCGGCGCGUGGGCAGCCACGGCGUCCGCUGUGGUUGGUGGCGGUCUGUGGUCUGUUGGUUUUGAGGCACCCGGCUUCUGGAGCAGCUGCCAGGGUUGAUGGCCGGAGUGAGUGAAGUCCAAAUCUGCAGUGAUGGAGAUCAGGGACUGCAGCAGUGCAGUACCGUUAUCUCGGUCGCCACUUCUGAUGAACUCUUGCUCUGUUUCUGUGUUGCCAAAGUGGCGGUAGAGCUUUCUCCGAUACCCGCUCGGGAUGUUGUUAUUUUGCAGCAGAUGUUAGAAGUUUAACGAAUUCAUCGAAGUCUUCAGGAUUUGUGUCCAGGUUCUUCAAUUGGGCUUCACUUAUUCGUAGCACAUCCACGUAUUCCACUAUCACACAACCGCCUCCACUAUGGGGCCGUCCAUAA